AGGCGGGACAUAUGAGAAGCUUUUUGACCAAUCAGCGCACGGUAAACUCAGGGACACCGGAAACACAUGCUAAUGUUCGCCUGUUUUGUCACGACAAAAGAUAUACUUUUGGCUACAGUGGAAGAAAGGAAAAAAUGGCAGCGACACUAGCGUCGCCUGUCACCCACACGGAACUGGAGCCUGACCGCGGUGGAAGCGAGGAAGAAAGUCGGGGGUGCGCAAAGACGACGGAGGAGAUGACGGGCCUCGCGGCCACAGGGGGUCAUAGCCGGCUCUCCAAACUACCGCUGGCGCGAAUCAAGGCCUUGAUGAAGACCGACCCAGAUGUGUCCCUAGCCAGCCAGGAGUCCGUCUUUAUCAUCGCUAAAGCCACGAUUAAAAAAAAUAUGGCGUAUUUGCUGCUGCCUGUCCAACAGGAGUUGUUUGUUGAGAUGAUCGCCAAAGAUGCUUUGGUGUAUGCACAGCAAGGGAAGAGGAAAACGCUGCAAAGAAAAGACUUAGAUAAUGCCAUUGAGGCCGUAGAUGAAUUUGCAUUUCUGGAAGGUACAUUAGAUUGAAUGAUGCUUCAGGAGAUGAGAACAACACAACUGCAGCCAUUUUUGUUAUAUGGACACGAUCAACAUAUUUUCUUUAAAACAUUUUCAACAGCAUGCUUGACUGGUUCUGGUUGGGUUCUAUACAUGUUUGGAUGGUUCUGGUUGGAUUCUAUACAUGUUUGAAUGGUUCCAUCUGGGUUUGAAUGGUCAUCUUUCGUUGUUUACAUUGACAAUUUUCUCCCAUCGUAUGUAAUAAUAAUGACCAUUACCAUUAUGUGUACAUUUAAUGUAAAUAUUUGUGAAAUGUGUCAAAUAAAGUUUCAUGGAACCUCAGUAAACUUGGA